AUGAAGUCUCCGACAGCCGACCCUCCCCGUAAGAGAAGGAUGUUGUGGAUUAUUCUUCUAAGCACAAUUGCUGUAGCGUGGACUACCCCCAUCCCCUUGAUAGAGGACUCGGAGGAGAUUGAGGAGUCUUGCUUCGAUCCUUGUUACUGUGAAGUCAAAGAAAGCCUUUUUCACAUACACUGCGACAACAAGGGAUUUAUAAAUAUUAGCCAGAUAACGGAGUCCUGGUCGAGACCUUUCAAACUUUACCUGCAGAGGAACUCCAUGAGGAGAUUAUAUACUAACAGUUUUCUCCACCUGAACAACGCCGUUUCGAUCAACCUGGGGAACAACGCACUACAAGACAUUCAGACGGGAGCCUUUAACGGCCUCAGAAUCCUGAAGAGGUUGUACCUGCAUGAGAACAAAUUGGACAUCUUCAGAAAUGACACUUUCCUGGGUUUGGAGAGUCUGGAAUAUCUGCAGGCAGAUUACAAUGUCAUUAAGCGGAUCGAGAGCGGGGCAUUUCGAAACCUGAGCAAGCUCCGGGUCCUGAUCUUGAACGACAACCUUAUCCCCAUCCUCCCCACCAAUUUGUUUAAGUCGGUGUCCUUAACUCACUUGGACUUGCGUGGAAACAGGUUGAAAGUGCUCUCCUACCGAGGGAUGCUGGAUCACAUUGGCAGGAGCCUGAUGGAGAUCCAGCUGGAGGAGAACCCGUGGAACUGUACCUGUGAUAUUGUCCAGCUGAAGAGCUGGCUGGAGCGCAUCCCUUACACUGCCCUUGUGGGAGACAUAACCUGUGAGACCCCUUUCCACUUCCACGGGAAGGACCUGAGGGAAAUUAAGAGGAAUAAACUCUGCCCAAUGCUGUCUGACUCAGAGCUGGUCAGCAUCGGUGCCCCUCAGUUGCCCUCAAGCAAGGAGAACGCGUGGCCUACUAAGCCUUCUUCCAUGCUGUCCUCUUUCCAUUUCACUGCUUCCUCUGUCGAAUACAAAACUUCCAUUAAGCAGCCCAGGCCCACCAAACAGCCCAGGGCACACAAGCCACCCCCGACACCUCGAGGCCUAUACCCUGCGCCCAACCAGCCCCCAAUAGCUGGUUACCAGACGAGGCCACCCAUCCCCAUCAUCUGCCCUACUGGCUGUUCAUGCAGUUUGCACAUCAAUGACUUGGGCCUGACAGUCAACUGCAAGGAAAGAGGGUUCCACAAUAUUUCCGAGCUCCUGCCCAGGCCCGUCAACGCCAAGAAGCUGGUCCUCAGCGGUAAUUUGAUACAGAAAAUUUACCGUUCCGAUUUCUGGAAUUUUUCUUCCCUGGAUCUCCUGCAUUUGGGGAACAAUCGGAUCUCCUACGUUCAGGACGGGGCCUUUGUCAACCUGCCCAACCUGAAGAGCCUGUACCUGAACGGCAAUGACAUUGAGAAGCUGACCCCAGGCAUGUUCAGGGGUCUGCAGAGCCUGCACUAUCUGUAUUUUGAGUACAACCAGAUCAGGGAGAUCCAGCCCGCUGCCUUCAGUCUCAUGCCCAACCUGAAGCUUCUCUUCCUCAACGACAACCUCCUGAGGAACCUGCCUACAGAUGCCUUUGCAGGCACCUCUCUGACCAGGCUCAACCUGAGGAACAACAAAUUCCUGUACUUGCCCGUGGCUGGCGUGCUGGAGCACCUCAACGCCAUUGUGCAGAUUGACCUGAAGCUCAACCCGUGGGAUUGCACGUGUGACCUGGUACCUCUCAAGCAGUGGAUUGAGGCCAUCAGCUCCGUCAUCAUGGUGGGGGAUGUCCUUUGCGCCAGCCCAGACAACCUUACCCACAGAGACAUCCGCUCUGUGGAGCUGGAAGUACUCUGCCCCGAGAUGUUGCAUGCUGCUGCUGCCUCGCCAGCCCCUCCAGCGUGGGGCCACCCUAGCCCCACCAGUCCAUCGCCCUAUGAGCUCCCCCCGGCUGGGGGAGGCCCGGUGCCCCUCUCCGUGCUCAUCCUCAGCCUCCUUGUACUGUUCUUCUCAGCGGUCUUCAUUGCUGCGGGCCUUUUCGCCUUCGUCCUGCGCAGGCGUCACAAGAAGCUACCCUUCCGGAACAAGCAGCGGCAGGAGACCCUCGACUUGACGGGCAUCCAGAUGCAGUGCCACCACCUCUUCGAGGAGGGAAGCGGCGGAGGCGGCGGGGGACUCAGUGCCUCCCCGGAAAAGGCACCCCCGGUGGGCCACGUCUAUGACUACAUCCCGCAUCCAGUGACCCAGAUGUGCAACAACCCCAUCUACAAGCCCCGCGAGGAGGACGAAGUGGUGGCGGGGGAGCCGGGGCAACCUGGGGACAUGCUUUUGGGAGGUGGUGGUGGUGCUGGUAGUGGUGGUGGUGGUGGAGGAGGAGUUGGAUGUGCAGGGGAACAGUUUGCCGACCCCACAAAGGACGGUGGGAGCAGCAGCUGCUACAGGACCUUACUGGAGAAGGAGAAGGAGUGGAGCUUGGCCGUGUCCAGCUCGCAGCUCAACACCAUAGUGACCACCAACCAUCACCCGCACCCGCACCCGCCCGGUGGGGGGAUUGGAGGGGGGCUGCCUCUCCUGGGGGAGCUAGCGCUGGUGCCGCCUGUCUUCCACCACGAAAAGAACGGUGGGGUGGUGCUAUUCCCCCCUAGUGGUGCCAUUCUAGACAGCAGGGACAGGCCGCCUUUGGCGCCACCGUGCACGGUGGGCUUUGUGGACUGCCUCUACGGCACGGUGCCCAAAUUAAAGGAACUGCACGUGCACCCCCCUGGCAUGCAAUAUCCAGACCUGCAGCAGGACGCCAGGCUGAAAGAGACCCUCCUCUUCUCGGCUGGUAAGGGCUUCCCAGACCACCACCAACCCCCCCAAAGCGAAUACCUCGAGUUAAGGGCCAAACUCCAAACCAAGCCGGAUUACCUCGAAGUCCUGGAGAAGACCACUUAUAGGUUUUGA